AUGGCUUCGGCCAUCUCGUUGAUGCUUUUGGCGGGUGUGUACCCAUACUACUCUGCGGCGACAUCUACUCCCUCUUAUGACCCCAUCGCAGGAUGGACGCCCGUGUCCGAUGUGGUGGAGCACUCGAAACUCGACCUCGACACGCUGGCGAUGGAAACAAACGCCGAUCUCCAAACCGACGAGGGAUUCACCGUUGCGUAUGAAGCAUACUCCCUCGGGGGAAACAGCAUGUACAGCGAGGACGGGUUCCGCACCAUCCAAGCAUUCUGGACCGACGCCGAAGAGAAGCUAGGUGGGGAGAAGUGGUUCGAGGUGUACCAGGCUUACUGGGGGGCACCCGACUACGCCGACCGGUUCACCUCGGCGGCCUGUACCGGGACCGGCAGUUACGAGACCGUCGAGCCCGUCGUCAGGGCCGAGGCUUGCACCAAGGGAGCACAGUACCAGAACGUGUGGAUGUACGUCAUCCAUGAGAUGGAGAACGCCGUCGGCGCCUGCAACCGCGGGGACAACGGUGCUGCUGACGGAGGCCCCCACUACUGGGACGAAGCCUGGGCGUUCUACGCCGGCUCUCUCGAGGGCGAGUCGGGCAACGCCGACGGGGAUGGCAAAAUGCUGUACGCCCUGGCGCAGAAGAGGUGCGGCAACUUCGGGACUUGCGGCGGCGCGGACGGUAUCACCGGGACGGCCGCCAUCAACGACGACAUUCUGGAGUUGAUCGGUGCUGGCUCGGGCUACCUACUGGAGGGCAAGUGCGCCGAAGCGGAGGAGGCGAAGGAGAGCAUUGUCCAGCUGAUGACUGUCCCGCUGGUCCAGGCCACCCUGAGAUACCUUUACCGGGCGGACCCAGCCAGCGACUACGACGGCGACGCCAAGCAUUGGGCCGAGCUCUGGGCAUUCGCCGCGGCUAUCCUGCCCCUCAUCGACGAGUGUUCGGCGGACGUGGCCCACACCGUCAGGUCCAACUCGGACAUCGACAGCGAACAUGCCCCGGUGUCCGCCGGCUUCGUCGCCGUGAAGGAGGAGCUCGAGAGCAUCUACUCUUGCUUGGGCAUGACGUGCGACCAGGUCGGUGGCCUGUUGGCCGGCGACAGUACGACGGACUAUGUCCCAGGGCUGGAGCCGUGUGGCGGUGAAGAGGAACCUACCGAUUCCUCUUUCGACCCCAUCGCCGGAUGGACGCCGGUGUCCGAUGUGGUGGAGCACUCGAAAAUCGACCUCGACACGCUGGCGAUGGAGACGAACGCCGACCUUCAAACCGAAGAGGGGUUCACCGCUGCGUAUGAAGCAUACUCCCUCGGGGGAAACAGCAUGUACGGCGAGGAAGGGUUCCGCACCAUCCAAGCAUUCUCGACCGACGCCGAAGAGAAGCUAGGUGGGGAGAAGUGGUUCGAGGUGUACCAGGCUUACUGGGGGGCGCCCGACUACGCCGACCGGUUCACCUCGGCGGCCUGUACCGGGACCGGCAGUUACGAGACCGUCGAGCCCGUCGUCAGGGCCGAGGCUUGCACCAAGGGAGCACAGUACCAGAACGUGUGGAUGUACGUCAUCCAUGAGAUGGAGAACGCCGUCGGCGCCUGCAACCGCGGGGACAACGGUGCUGCUGACGGAGGCCCCCACCACUGGGACGAAGCCUGGGCGUUCUACGCCGGCUCUCUCGAGGGCGAGUCGGGCAACGCCGACGGGGAUGGCAAAAUGCUGUACGCCCUGGCGCAGAAGAGGUGCGGCAACUUCGGGACUUGCGGCGGCGCGGACGGUAUCACCGGGACGGCCGCCAUCAACGACGACAUUCUGGAGUUGAUCGGUGCUGGCUCGGGCUACCUACUGGAGGGCAAGUGCGCCGAAGCGGAGGAGGCGAAGGAGAGCAUUGUCCAGCUGAUGACUGUCCCGCUGGUCCAGGCCACCCUGAGAUACCUUUACCGGGCGGACCCAGCCAGCGACUACGACGGCGACGCCAAGCAUUGGGCCGAGCUCUGGGCAUUCGCCGCGGCUAUCCUGCCCCUCAUCGACGAGUGUUCGGCGGACGUGGCCCACACCGUCAGGUCCAACUCGGACAUCGACAGCGAACAUGCCCCGGUGUCCGCCGGCUUCGUCGCCGUGAAGGAGGAGCUCGAGAGCAUCUACUCUUGCUUGGGCAUGACGUGCGACCAGGUCGGUGGCCUGUUGGCCGGCGACAGUACGACGGACUAUGUCCCAGGGCUGGAGCCGUGUGGCGGUGAAGAAGAACCUACCGAACCCGCGGCCUCGGGGUGCUACCGGGACGCCAAGGACGACCGCCGUUUGGCCAUGGGCCCAAUGAGCAGCCGCGACAUGACCCCAACCCUGUGCAACGAGUACUGCGCCGGCCAGUACGCGUCGUUCUACGCCGUCCAGUACGGGCGAGAGUGCUGGUGUGGAGACGACUCCACCGACUACGCCAAGCUCGGCGCGCUUGACAUGACGGAAUGCGCAUACCCCUGCACGGGAGACGGUGAUCUGACCUGCGGCGGCUUCGACUCCUUCGAGAUCUUCUCGCUGCCGGCAGAGACGUCUCAGGGGCACCUCGGCUGCUACGCUGACGAGCAGGACGACCGCCUGUUCAGGGCCGACAAGAUCAGGCUCGACGAAAACGGCGUGGAGGCCUGCCGGGCCGCCUGCAGCGGCUCCCCGCUCUUCGGCCUGCAAUACGGACGCGAGUGCUGGUGCGGCACGGAAGACGAGGACUACACUAAGCACGGCGCCUCUACCGACUGCGACUACCCCUGUAGGGGCAACGAAGACUACACCUGCGGUGGAUUCGACGCCAUGAACAUCUUCGAGGCCUAA